CGUAUGCCAAUUAUAUAGCUCUUAUAAUGUCAAUGACUGAAAGACACAUAAUAAGUAAAAUCGGGAAAAAAUGGAAGAAAAAGAGGGUGAAAUUAUACAAGCAAAACUGGACUCACACCAAUCCGAAAGUCAAAUAUCUCAUUUGGCUCUCGACAUCGGAGGUUCCUUAAUAAAGUUGGUGUAUUUCUCGAAAAAUAACACUAGUUUGGGUGAUGACGACGACAAUAAUAAGCAUCUUGUGCUUCAAGGAAGGCUUCAUUUUACGAAAUUCGAAACCAGCAAAAUUAACGAUUGCAUAGAGUUUAUACGAUCCAAGAAACUUCAUCUCUGUGGUGUCCGGCUUCUUGAUGCUCCGGCCAGUGAUAAGAUCAUUCUUAAGGCAACAGGUGGUGGGGCAUACAAAUUUGCUGAUCUCUUCAAAGAAAAGCUUGGUAUUAUUGUUGAGAAGGAAGAUGAAAUGGAUUGUCUUGUAGCUGGUGCAAAUUUUUUGCUAAAGGCAGUACACCAAGAAGCUUUUACAUACAUGGAUGGUCAGAAGGAAUUUGUGCAUAUUGACCAAAAUGAUUUGUACCCUUAUCUUCUUGUCAAUAUUGGGUCAGGUGUUAGCAUGAUCAAGGUGGAUGGUGAUGGCAAGUUUGAGCGAAUUAGUGGAACAAGUGUUGGUGGUGGUACCUUUUGGGGUUUAGGAAGGCUAUUAACAAAAUGCAAGAGUUUUGAUGAGUUGCUGGAGUUAAGUCAUCAGGGAAACAACAGAGUCAUAGACAUGCUUGUUGGAGAUAUAUAUGGUGGAGCAGAUUAUUCAAAGAUUGGUCUUUUAUCAACAUCUAUUGCUUCUAGCUUUGGUAAGGCAAUUUCUGAUAAUAAAGAGCUGGAAGAUUACAAACCUGAAGAUGUAGCACGGUCCCUUUUAAGAUUGAUUUCAAAUAAUAUUGGGCAGAUUGCUUACUUGAAUGCUCUACAAUUUGGGCUCAAGCGGAUACUUUUUGCUGGAUUUUUUAUUCGGGGCCAUGCUUAUACCAUGGACACAAUUUCUGUUGGUGUUCAAUUCUGGUCUAAAGGUGAGGCAAAAGCAAUGUUCUUGCGUCAUGAGGGUUUUCUUGGAGCAUUGGGUGCAUUCAUGAGCUAUGAUAAGCAUGGCCUUGAUGACUUAUCAACCCAUCAAUUAGUGCAAAGAUUUCCGGUCAGCGGACCCAACAAAGGAGAUAAGAUUUGUUGCCCUCUAAUUGGUGAUUUGAAUGACAAUGAUAGUAUAGAAUGCGGUGUCUAUGCAGCUUAGCAUCCAAAGCUGUCUUCCCUUUUGAACUCACAAAUGGGUGCGGGACACCUGACCUGGAUAUUCUUUCAUGGCAGACUGCGUGACAACCAUGCAACUUAAGAAGUUCAGAAUUUGUGUAAAAUGUAACAUAGUUUAGACUCUACAAGAUCAAUAAUCGAGUGCUUAAGAAAGCACGGGAAAUAAUUUGAAUGAAAGAAACGGUGUAACAUCACCGAAUAGGGUUUUUAUUUUUCUCCAGAUCAUACUUCUGUAACUGAUUGAUCAAUAAAACUAAUUUAUUAUGA